AAGCCAACGCUUUUAUUUUGCGUAUGUGGUCCUGCUGGCCAAAACGAUGAAGAAAACAUGGUGAUGUUGUGAGUUUGGAGACGAUGCUAUAACCUUUCUGAAGACAGUGCGAUUGGACAAACCCAUUUGUCCCACUUAUUCAUGGCCUCAUGUCUGUUGCAUUUGAACGAUGCACGCCCUGCUGGUACUUUAUGAUGAGAAGAGAGAAUAAUUGGAGCACAGCUGACAGGCGCAUCGACCACAGGACCUGGUAAACACACGGUCGCAUGUUAUGUGUCAGAGUCCAGUCGUGCAUGAUCGCAAAGCUUAAUGGUUGCUGGAGGAAUAUAGGAAGUCGGGACAUCCGAGUGUAAAGCAGGUGGGCCAGAGAUGGGAAAUGACAUCGCACUGCUCCAAAUUCAUCCGCCUCAGCGCAGGAGGAGGAUAGCAGCCCUGCAGGCAAAACAUCCUCAGAGAGUAAACAGUGUUUGGUAAACGCAGCAACACUGUUUCAAUAGGCUGCAACACAGUUUCAAUAGGCUGCAUCCGACUCUAAAACAGCAGUGCCAACAUAGGUUGCAGUGUUGUUAUUUUUGCUCCAUCACUUUGCAGACAUGUCCUUCACCAUGGAGGAUAAUCUGGAGUCUGGGUGGGUGGCCGUGCGCCCCAAUGCGUUUGAGGAGAAGGAAAAGCAUAAAUUUGUUUUUAUCGUCGCCUGGAAUGAAGUGGAGGGUAAAUUUGCCAUAACGUGUCACGACAGGACGGUGCAGAGGAGAAGCUUUGGUAGGGACUCGCUGAUGGAGAUGGAGGCGACUGGCCUGGAUGCUGGGGACAAAACAAAAUGGCUCGAAAGUCCCGUCAGAGAUAAGGAGUCUAAGAAGAGCCCCAGCAGAGGAGCCAGUGUGGUUAAAGGCUGCAGCUCAAAGACAAAACCAAGUCCUGUUAAAAUGCAAACUGUGAUGAAAUCUGCAGCAUCUCCUGUUAGUCCUGAAGCUGAGGUGCUGAGAUCACUCAAAGAGGACCAGCUGUCUCCAUCACUGGACAGCUUGGACCUGGAGGAGCUGGACAGUCUGAGCAGGGAGGACUGCAGCUGGGCCGGACUCUUCUCCUUCCAGGACCUCCGAUCAGUCCACCAGCUGCUGUGCUCCGUGAACUCGGACCUGGAGCCCUGUCUCCCGGUGUUCCCGGAGGAACCGGCCGGGAUGUGGACGGUGCUGUUCGGCCCGGCUGAAGUACCGGAGACCGAGAUGGACGAGCUCUGCUACAGUUUACAGAUGUACCUGGGACACGCGCUCGAUACGUGCGGCUGGAAGAUCCUCUCGCAGGUUCUGUUCACGGAAAACGACGACCCGGAUGAGUACUACGAGAGCCUGAGCGAGCUGAGGCAGUCCGGGUACGAGGAGACGCUCAACCGUGCAACAAAACAUCUGCAAGAGCUGCUGGAGAAGCACAAGACCAUGGACAGUAUGGUGGAGCUGUUGGAGGUUUACAAGGAGGAAGAUGAGGCCUAUGGAGGACUGCUGGAGGCCUCCACACAGCUGUACCAGUACCUGCUGCAGCCCUUCAGAGACAUGAGGGAACUGGCAAUGCUACGCAGACAGCAGAUCAAGAUUUCCAUGGAGAAUGACUACUUGGGUCCAAGGCGGAUUGAAGCUCUAAAAAAGGAGGACUUUGAUUGGCAGAAGAAAGCUAAGGAGGCGGUCCUCAACAUCCAGGAGUUUACUAUCAAAUACUUUGAGAUCACUGCCAGAGCUCAGAAAGGGGUGUAUGAGCGUAUGAAGGUGGACCAGCGUAAGUUUGGUAAAUCUUCAUGGACGGCAGCAGUGGAGCGCAUGGAGACACUCCGCUACUCUGUCGCCAAGGAAACUCUGCAGCUCCAGAGAGCCAGGGAGAUCUGUCUGGAGCAGAGGAAACACACACUUCGAGAAGAGAUGCAGAGUCUGUGUAGCACUGAGGACGCCAUGGCCCUCUUAGACCACAUGGAGACACAGUACUAUGAGCGCCAGCUCCAACUGUACGACAUCCAGGCUGACAUACUACAGUGUGAGGAGCUGCUCCUCACCGCUCAACUAGACAGCAUUCGCAGACAGAUUUCAGAGCUUCAGGAUGAGGUGGUAUAUUAUGACACCUUUGAAAGUGCAGAUGAUAUAAAAGAGAAUGACACUGCAGACCGGGAAGAGCUGCGCAGACUUCAGGUCAGCGCUCGACAGUUGGAGGCAAGAAGGGGGCGCAUUACUGCCAAGCGCUCCUAUCUGAGGAACAAAAAGGAGAUCUGUGUAACCAACCACACUCAGAAACAGCAAAAACGUCAAACCAUCCACAAGGACUCUAUAUCCCACCAGGUCUUACAGCUGAACAAUGAAGAAGAGGAAGACGAGGAGAAGAAGAACAGCAGAGUUAGUCAGGAGAGGCAGAGAACUCUGGACAGACUACGCACUUUCAAGCAACGGUACCCAGGUCAGGUGAUUCUGAAGUCCAUUCGACUGCGCGUGGCCCACACCAGGAGAAGAGAGCGUGGAAGGAGUGAGAGGGAUGAGCGUGUGGACUCUGUCCAGGUGCAGGGCCACCCGCUGUGUCUCAGUACCAGUGUGCAGACGGACCCCAGCUCCACGCUCACCACUCAGCCCGUCACGGUGCUCACAGCAUCCCUUCCUCCUCUGCCUGUGCCCAGUCCCGCAGAUUCCUCCUGCUCUCCCUGCUCCCUGUCCUCACUACUGGCAUCUCCCAUGUCCCCUCCUCCUCCACCUCCCCCUCCACCUCCCCUGCCAAUAAAAGAGGAGCUGUCGCCUUCUGAGAGCCCAGGUCGACAUGGGCAGGAGGUUGUGGGGAAGAAUGCAGCAGAAGAGCUCUCCCGCUCCCCGCUCGGUCCAUUUGUCCCUCGCUUCUUUGACAGCAGCCAACUGUUGAGCGCCCGCAAAAAGCUGAGGAAGACUCCCGAGUUUGUCUCCCACAGCACAAGAGUGAGCUCGCCCAUGGAUGAGGUGCUGGCCUCCCUGAAGAGAGGCACCUUCCACCUGAGGAAGGUCGACAAGCGGUCCCUGCCUCCUUCCACGGAUGAUGAAGACCCCAACAACAUCCUGUGUCAGAUUCGCAAGGGGGUCAAACUGAGGCGCGUUCCCAGGAAAGAGAGAAAGGACCAGGGAGAGCUCCCGGCCUCCACCGACCCCCUGACCAGGAGCAUCCAUGAGGCGCUGCGCCGCAUAAAGGAGGCCUCACCAGACUCUGACUCGGAUGACGACGGGCUGAGCAGCCAUGAUUGGGAAAGCUAGGGUUUGACGCUCAGACACAAAGAAUAACACACACACAGAUGCCUGCACCCUCUGGCACUGCACGCACUGUACUGUACUGCACUUUUAAGUGCUGCGUUGUACUGUACACACACACGCACAAAUACAUACACACAGUUACUCAUUCACUCACAUUCAAGCACACAGCCAAGUCACACAUGUACCUAGUGACUAUACCAAGGCCUGAGUCUUACUGAAUAUCACCCAACUCACCAAACGCUCCAAAGGUCUAUGGUCAACCUGUUCAUUUGUUUUUCACAUUACAUUCACCAUCAUGAAGGACAUCAUUUGUGUUUUUAUUUCUACUGUAUUCCUGUAAUCAGAUUGUAAUGUUGAAAUGCUCUGCACUGGCCUCUUGUGGCUACAUUAACAUUCAGAAACAGCACAUUUUACACCAACACACUGCACUGACAGUUAUUUGUGAAACUAAAAACCUCAUAAGGAAAGCUAUUAGUGCUGUGAGGUAAGUGAUUUUAUCCACUAACCCCAAAGCAUUAGAAAUGAGAGACUGUACCUGUAACCCAGAUAGGUAAUGUGUAAGGUCGAUAAUUUGGGGUCAUGUGGGAGAUUGAAAAACAAAAAGAAGUUCCCACUGAGAUUUGAACUGGAUUUACUGUCCAGAUUGUAAACCUUGACACCAUCUCUUCUGCUGACGCUCUCUUCUAUUUUUACUCAACCAGUGUACUAUGACACACUACUGUAUGCUGCACAGCUGGUUUUGUCCUGUCACACGUGGGUGUGUUAGUGUCCGACAGGACCACUGCUUGUCUAGUCGGACACUGCACAAAGACUGUAAAUCCGUUAGUCUGUCGCACCAGAUUCGCGCCCCUCCCCCACUCUCGUCCUCUUCCGACCUUCACCACCCCCCAACUCUCACCAUCUCUCUGGGUGAGGGAAUAUGUAUCGACCCAUCUGUUCGACCGCAGCAUAUGGCCAGCCUGGUGGGAGAUAUGGAGAGUCACAGUAGGUUUAUCAUUUGGUGCCGAAACAACAUCUCUGAGCAGAAGCCUGCCAACUAGAGUGGGAGAGGAUUAGAUGAAGGGUCACCUGCAGAGCGACAGAGUUUCUUUAGCGGGGUGGAGGUCAUGGUUAGUGUCAGUCAUCUUAUGUAAAGCGUGGGCAUAUGUGGUUGGUGAUUCCCAAUCUUCAUACGUGGGAUAGUCGCAGAGCUGUGAAACCGGUCGUGCUCGUUUUAAUGAUGGAUGGUUAGUGGGAGGCUGGAUUCUCUCAGCGCUGUAGGGAGUAAGGGAGUCGUGAUGGAUGUGGUUUCUCCUGCUAUCUUAUUCACGUUCUCUCCUUCCCUCUAUUGCAUCUUUUCUAAUUUCUUUCGCUGCACUCAGUGGGCAGAAGCACACAGUAGGAGGCCUGUUACUCACAGUGCUGGAAGUGAAAACAUGCUCAUGGACUCACACACUAAACUCACAGCCAACAUGUGCAGAAACAUUUUAGUGGCAAAGUGAGUCCACAGCCUCUACUCAUAAUUUUUUUUUAUGGUUUCAGCACUUUCAUGAUACAUAGUACAAACUCUGAAUCACUUUAUCUGUACAGUAAAAACUUUUUUUGAAUCAGUGGUGAAACAUUAUAUCUGUAGUAAGUUUAAAAGCACUGAACAUGUGGAACUGGACCCACAGAGGUGUGAUGGAAGGACGGACCAGUGGGACGCUUAGCAGCAGAGGAAUUCACGCUAACAUACAUGUUAACAUGAAGCAAAAAGAUAAGCUCUGAAACUGAAACAGCCUCAGCGUGCACCAUCUGAAACAUUUGUGCUUUUUCUCUUGUUCUUGUUUUGAGAGCCAUUCACGGAUUUAUCACGGAGCAGGCACUGAUGUAGAUUGAACAGGCAUGGAUGUAUUAUGUAACAUUAUACAGCUUGAAAAUAACUCAGUGCUAAAGAGAGUUCAUUAUUUACCUGAGGCACUUUUACAGGUCUUCUGUCACUGUCAGCACAAUGUCCGUCCAUGGUACCCUCAUCAUGUAACAUGAGACAGAUAUCUAACCCUGACCUGACUCUUAACUUCAACCUAAUCCAGACCUUACCUGACUUGAUGUCACUGAAACUGAUCAGGGCUUCCCAAACAUGUUAAUGCUAAGGUUUAUGUUGCGCCACUAAACAAUGACCAGCAAUGUGCUCAAAACUUUUGGGAAACUGGGCUUAGAAUGUGACACCUUUGCCAUGAAUCGACUAUCUAUCACCUGACCGACCUUACAAACACACGCUCAUGUGUUUUACACUGAUCUUUAUCUAUAAAUAACCUUAACACAGCUUGUUUGUCAGCUAAUUGUCAUUUUACAUUUCAUUCCACUGCUUCGUUUGUAUCCUGUUUUUUUUCUCCAAAGCAUUUCCAGCCAAACCUUGUUGCGAUGUGUUUGCUUCUGAACAUUUCCUAUGUAGACCUGUAAUUCACACAGGCUAAUUAAGCCAGACACAUGAGAAGUGCAAUAUCAAUAUAGAGAAAUACAAGAAAAGGGAUGAAACAAGUUCAGAUUGAUUGCCUAAAACAAUGAACUUAUUAAAUGUUGCAGUUGUUUUUACACAGUAGUGUAUAAACACACUGUUCCAAGAAUACCUUUUUGCCUUUAGUCCUGUCAUUUUCAUUUAUUCAAACCUUUUUCUUUAUAUACAACCUUGCCCCUGCAUUUGAAUAAAACCUUGUGAAGCAAAUUC